AUAAUUAAAAAAAAUAUAUUAAACGUAUGAAACAAAGUCAAACACUAAAAUCCUAAUAGAAUUUGGUAAAGAGAGAAGAAGCUCACGAAUCUCUCUAUAUAUAGUAUCUUUGUAUUAUAUGAUUAGACAGAAUAAAAACACAGCAAGAUAGAAAGAAUGACGAGCAAAGAAGAGGUACCUGAAGACGUUUUGGAGUGUGCAAAUUUAUUAAUGGCUUUGAAUUGUUCAAAGCCAACCGCGGAAGAAUAUAAGAAGAUUCAACUAUGGAAAAAUAUUGCUAAUGCUAUGGAGUUAACGAUUAUUCCUAAAACUGAAGACUGCAAGGUUAGUCGUUGUUUGGACGUGGGAACGAAAUCGAAGAUGCCGUAUUGGCUGGAUAAGUUUAUAAGAGACAAUAUCGGAGUCGGACCAAAGAUGAUCAUAGAGAAGAGUCUGACUGCUACUGAUCUCAAUCCAAAUAACGGACGUCUCUCAAUGCCACCUAGUCAAAUCGUUGAUGAAGAUUUCGUGACUGAAGUAGAGAAAACGAUCAAAGAAAAGGGGCUUAGCGGGAAAGGCUUAGACGCAACUAUUAUUGAUUGCAAGCUGCGUAGAUGGGAGGUGAAUCUGAGGAUAUGGGACAUGAGCGGUCGUCCUAUUUAUAAUUUGCUUACAGGGUGGAAUCAAGUGGUCAAAGAUAUAAACCUUCAAGAAAAAGAUAACAUUCGCCUCUGGUCUUUUCACUCUAAUGGCAAACUCUAUUUUGCUCUCAUCCUUCUUCCGCCAUCCACUGAUUCAGGCAAACCUAAACCGUGACACUUGGGAAAACCUAAUGAUGGCUAAGUAGGUAAGUUUGAGAUUUUUCUGAAUUCAUUAUUUUUCCUGUGUUUUGUUUUGGGAUUUACUUAAUUAGUAAUCAUCUUUUUGUUUACUAAUUAGUUAAGAGUUAAUAAUUAUCUUCAUUCACUAAAUUAAAUAUUCAAUUCUUCAUUAAGAUUCUUUUUGGGUGCUUAGGUUC